AUGCCGCUGAAGAACAAGUACGGGGUUUUAAAAAUUGGGAUAGAGUAUGACUACAGCGCUGGGGACUACCACGAGAUAGAGGAGUUGAGUCCAGAUUUCCUCGUAACCAAGCUGUUUAGUGGAAGCCAGAGCCACAGAAAAUUGCUGAACGAUUCUCACAGCGCGUCUAACUGCGCUUCUGACUGUCCUCCUAUCUGCGCCGCUCCUAACUGCGCCGCUUCACCAUGCGCAAGCUUGAACACAUAUAAGGUAGAUCCCCUUUUCGGUGACAAAUUUGAAGAUAACGACAUUUGGAAGCAAAACAUCUACGGCUUCACCUCCGAGUGGGUUGAUCCAGAUAAUGAAAGCGAGCAUCUAAGCGCAUACUCUCGCGACGCCCUAAACAAAGAAAUGCAGUGGGCCAGUUAUAUAUCCAUAUCACAUCUAAUUGUUAAUCCUCCGUCUCACAGAAAGUGCGAUAAUUACGCCAGAUGCAUCAAUGCCAAUAUUCACAGCUACAAUGGGGUGUCUAUCAUUGUGAAAGUGCCGCUAGCAAUACGGGUAAAAGGGAAGGCACUUGUGGAUAGCCCCCCAGGGGGAGGCUCAUCUUCCCCUCUGAGUACCCCUGGAGGGGGGGAAUCUUCCUACGAAACUCUCAAUGGCUGGAAUUUAUGGGCAAAUUUUACCCCCUACUGUAAUCAUAAUUUUUCCAAUUUGAGCGUAGGUAUAGAAUUAGUGAACGUUCAAAAUGUUGACAUUUAUAGAAUCAACCUAGACGUGUGGAAAUCCGAACCAGUGAAAUUAAUCCUCCUACCGCUAAACGUAUUUACCAUUGAUUCCAAGACAGGUUAUCCUUAUCUAGCGAAGAAGUUAAAAGACCUGUUAGUGUACUUUUUUAGAAAAAAUAUCGAAAUUGUCUUAACAGGAAGAGGCAAAAAUGAGUACCCCUCGCUGAAUGGCGUGAAGAAGGAAGAAAUGUACAGUAGCGGUGCCCUUCAUUCCGAUGUGAGCUACCUCAAGUGCUGUAUUUAUUACUUAAAAAGGCUUUUUAUGUCUAUUGAAAAUUUCGAUAACGAAACCCUUUUUGAUAGUGCCUAUUGGGACUAUUUGCAGAUCCCUUUGCAACCCUUGAAGGAUAAUUUACCUUCCCAAACGUACGAGAUCUUCGAAAAGGAUAGAACCAAGUAUGAGCAGUAUGAACUGGCCAUUAGUAAGUACCUCUCCGUGGAACUACAAAAAAAAGGGGGGGGAGAUAACAAUGUGAAGGGAAGAGACAGAGACAUCAUCAUCUUCGUCGUCGGUGCAGGAAGAGGACCAUUAGUGGACUGUACCCUGCAAGCUCUGGAAAAAAAUAAAAUCUCUAAAUUUCAAAUCUACGCAAUAGAAAAAAAUGAUAGUGCCAUUUUGGUGUUGCGAAAUAGGGCUACUACCCCUAAGUGGAAACAAGUUCACGUAAUACAUAGCGAUAUGAGGUAUCUCCAAAUGGAGAAGAAGGCAGAUUUAAUCGUAAGUGAAUUGUUAGGAUCCUUUGGAGAUAAUGAAUUAUUUCCAGAAUGUUUAGAUGGAAUACAAAAGUAUCUUCAGGAGGAUGGGGUUAGCAUUCCGCAAAAUUGUGUGUCCUACAUGGAGCCCAUUUCUUGCUCUCACAUUUACCACAGAAUAGGGCAAAAUAAUUUCACAGGAUAUAAUGAAAUAUUCUACAUUGUCAAUAUGUACUCCUACUGCAAAAUUUCGGAGGAUGAACCGGCAGAAUGCUUCACUUUCCAAACCCCCAACAGAAAAAUCCAAAAGGAUAACUCGCACAAUAAUCGUUACAAACGUUUAAAAUUUACUAUUAAUUUGACCUCCUACUUGCAUGGAUUUUUAUGCUAUUUUAAAAGCCAGCUGUACCAGGAUGUCUACUUGUCCAUCGAGCCUAAUACACAUACGAAGAAUUUACACAGCUGGUACCCUUUAUAUAUCCCCAUAAAUCAGAUUUUGUUUCUGGAACAAGGCCAGACGUUGUCUAUAAGCAUCUGGCGCCUGACCGAUAACCACAAAAUCUGGUACGAGUGGUGUAUUAACGAGCCGCGUACAACCUGCAUUCACAACUACAAUGCGAAGCACUUUUCGAUUGGUCGAUGA